GGGCGGUUUGCACUUUGCAUUUUGCAGAUAGGCCCCAGGCUGGCCCCCAGCAUCUCCAGGACAAGAUUCUCCAGGAGAGCUGGACUUUCCCCCAGGUCCAGGCCCAAACUGGGAGCUCUCCAUCUUUCCUCUCCUCCUCAUUUCAUGGGUGGCUUCUUGCUCUCUGGGUUGCCCGUGCAUGUCCGAUAUGCUUUUCCAUGGCAUGAAUGGAAAGGGAGUUUGCUGCUGCCACUUGGGGUGAUCAGGCACUGGGUGGAUGGAGCUCUGGCUGGAUGAAGCACAAGGUUUCUCUUUACAAGUUCAAUCACAGUCCCUACAUGCCCCUUCCAGCAGAGACCAGAGAUGUUCCAGGCUCUCAGUGAGUGGGAAAUGGAUUCAUGUCUCCAGUUUACAGGGAUUCUUCCAUAGAGCUGGGGGGAUUUAUUGAUGAAUGAGAACAAGAUUCUCUGUAGUUCUAUUUGUUUUCUUCUGUAUCUCUGGAAGUAUCUUGUAUUGCUCAUGAGUUUCUUUAUGCAAAACAGGAACAGACGCAGGAACAAAGAAGGCUGAGGGCCACUUUGUGUAGUUUACAUCCUGUUAAGAAAGGAACCUGGAGAUCAAGGAGAAACAUUGCUUAGACAAAAUGGAUCUACAGUACCCACCAGGGGAUGGAAGAUUUCCUUACGCUGCACAGCCUGAAUUGAAAGGAGAGAGAAUUGGGCAGAAGAACCAGGAUGAAGGAAACAUCAGUUUGGCUGGUCAGUGCCAACGCUUGAGAGACCUCUGUUAUAAGGAGGGCAAGGGGCCACGAGAGGUUUGCAGCCAACUCCACCAUCUUUGUGGUCAGUGGCUAAAGCCUGGAAGGAACACAAAAGCUCAGAUACUUGAUCUCCUGGUCCUGGAGCAAUUCUUGGCCAUCCUGCCCCUGGAGAUGAAAUGCUGGGUCAAGGAAUGCAGAGCAGAGACCAGUUCCCAGGCAGUAGCCCUCGCAGAAGGUUUCCUCCUAAGCCAGGCAGAGGAGAAGGAGCAGGGAGAACUGCAGAUUCAGGAGCCCUUCACAGAGGUGGCUGUUGAACACUCUGAAGCAUGGGGGGAUGUGCUGUAUCCCUCUCAGGAGUUGGACUUGGGGGGGAUCUCCCAGGAAGAUCCAUCUAAGAACACCUCAUCAGAAAAUGGUAUGUCACUGAUGGCACCUGUGGAAAUACCUCUUUAUGGUGGAGCAGAAACAGUAGUUAUAGUUCCAGCUCAGGUUCCCCUGUCUUUUGAUGAUGUGGCUGUAUUUUUCUCUGGGGAGGAAUGGGUUCUACUGGAUUUCCACCAAAAAAACCUAUAUAGGGAGGUCAUGCUGGAAAAUGCUAGGAAUCUGGCCUCCUUGGGUGAUGGAUGGGAGAAUGAGAAUUAUAAAGAGACAGCUUUCCAAACAGUCAAAACUGAAACUGGAGAAGAGAUGUUUCAAAAUCAGCAGGAACCACAAUGGCCUGAGGAAAACCAGUUAAAUUGUGAGCUGCAAAAAUCCUCUACCUCUCAAUAUCCAGAUGUGCAUGUUUUCCUGACCCAAGAAGAUCACAAAGGAAUGUGUUUCCAGUUUGGAGAAAUAGUUAGAGAGGAAUCAGAUUUAUGUGAGCAUACCAGAAUUCAUAUGAAAGAGACCCAAGAUGAAUGCAGGGAAGAUGGAAAAACUUUCAAGUGGAAUAUCCCUCUUACUUUGCAUCAAAGCAUCCAUAUGAAAGGAAAACCAUAUAAAUGCAUGGAGUGUGGCAACAGCUUCAACAAUAGCAGCCAUUUUAUUUCCCAUAAAAGGAUCCACUCAGGUGAGAAACCGUAUAAAUGCCUGGAGUGUGGAAAGAGUUUCAGUGAAAAUAGUUCCCUUACUUCCCAUAAAAGGAUCCACUCAGGUGAGAAACCAUAUAAAUGUCUGGAGUGUGGGAAGAGCUUCAGUCAGAGUGGACAGCUUACUUCCCAUAAAAGGAUUCACACUGGAGAAAAGCCAUAUAAAUGCACAGAAUGUGGAAAGAACUUCAGUCAGAAUGGUCAGCUUACUUCACAUAAAAGAAUCCACUCUGGAGAGAAACCAUAUAAAUGUAUGGAGUGUGGGAAGAGCUUCAGUCAGAGUGGUCACCUUACUUUCCAUAAAAGGAUUCACACUGGAGAGAAACCAUAUAAAUGUAUGGAGUGUGGAAAGAGCUUCACUAUAAGCAGUCACCUUACUUCCCAUAAAAGGAUCCACACAGGGGAGAAACCAUAUAAAUGCACAGAGUGUGGAAAGACCUGCAGUACCAACAGUGAUCUUACUUUGCAUAAAAGGAUCCAUUCAGGGGAGAAACCAUAUAAAUGCAUGGAAUGUGGAAAGGACUUCAGUCAGAGAAGUAAUCUUAUUUCCCAUAAAAGUAUACACUCGGGGGAGAAACCCUAUAAAUGUAUGGAGUGUGGAAAGAGCUUCAAUCAGCGGAGUAAUCUUAUUUCCCAUAAAAGGAUCCACUCAGGAGAGAAACCCUAUAAAUGCAUGGAAUGUGGAAAGAGCUUUACUUGGAACUGUCAACUUACUUCCCAUAAAAAGAUCCACACCGGAAAAUCAAAUAAACAUAUUGACUGUGGAAAGAACUUCAUGGACUCCAGUUCAGAGCUGAUGAACAGCAUGUAGAAGUUGGAUACAAAUGCAUGACAGUCUCAAAGAAAUGAUUAUGCCUGGUAAGGUUGAAGGAUGGGGAAGAAGGGGAAGACAACAGGAUGGACAAUCAAGGUGCUUUCAGAAAAGUCCUUGAAAAAGGUGUGAUCUAUUAAUAGAGACAAAUUGAGAUGCCAGGCAUUUAUUCAUGCAGUACCUGGACUCUCUCUCAACUAGAUGGCAUCUAUUCAACCACAAAAAAACAAUUCCUGUGUACGCAGUGGGAUAUUUCAAUGACACCAUUUUUUUUACCAUGUACCCUAAUUACCAAAUGGGAAAAUGAGUUUUCUUUUCCCCAAAUAAUUUGCAAUGAAUUCAGGUUGUUAGCACUUUGCCUUACAUUAAUUUCCUGAGAAGAGAAGCUCCAGUUGAAAAUGAAGGAUUAUAGGGGAGGUACAAGUGACUGCAGACAUUAUACAUUUGUAGACUAACCAACUAUUCCUCCAACUGGACCUCUACCAGUGGACUUUGGGGACUGUGGCUGACAUUUGCUGCUGUCCUUGUCAAUGUUUUAUUCUUCCUCUAUGGUCUAAACAGGGAUUAUGUCUUUUUUUCCUCUUCCUUAUCCACUUACAGGUAGUCCUCGGUUAACAACAGCAAUUUGGUC